AUUGUGAAAGAAAAAGUGUUCACAUCUAAUUUGUUUUGUUUUCUUUAUAAAACGAAAAUCGAUUAUUUCCAUUCAAAAGUUAUCGUGUGCAAUUGAAAAUCGCUGUGUAUAUUUACACUAUGACAACAUUAUUCAAUGAAGAAUUUGAUAAAAUAUGCCGUUGUUGUCUGUGUAAAAAUGGUGAGAUGCGACCAUUGUUUGGAAGCUGUCUCGAUAAUAUGCUCAAAAUUGUCGCUGAAAUUGAUGUUAAAGCUGGUGAUGGAUUGCCUGAAUUGAUGUGUGUUCCAUGUGUAUUGCAAGUGAGUCGUGCAUUUACAUUCAAACAACAGUGCCAACGAUCGGAUCAAUCACUGCGAACACUUCUCGGUGAUGUUCGAGAGCUAACUGUAUCCGACAAUAACAAUUACAAAAAUUCAACAACAAACAAUGGUGAACAUCAACUUAUCCUGACUGAUGACAAUGAUGCCGAUCAUUUGGACAGUGAAUUGGUUUUGGGAUCGCUUGAAGAGGAAAUUGAAUUGUCUAGUUUGCCAAGUGAAUCACAAUUCACAUCGGUUGCUGCUGAAGAAAUACAACAUUUGACCGACGACGUUUUGAGCGAUGCACAAAAUAUGAAAGAAGAAACAAAUCUUUCAACCAAAUUUGGUGACUAUUUUGACGAAAUUAAAUUGGAUGUCGCACAAGUGGUAUCAUUAACUGAUGACCAUUUAUCCGAUCAAUCAAUCGAAGAACAAUUUGACGACAUUCCAACCGAUGAAAAUGACGACGAAUCCAAAAAGAUGCCAUCAGAUGAAUUUAUUGAAGAUAUUUUGUCGGAGGAAAAGGUAAAAACGCAAAGUGAAUCAGGAUUUAACUGCAUCGAUUGUAAUCUUAACUUUGAGACUAGCGAAAUACUUAACGCACAUGUACAAUCACUACAUUUGGUUGACAGAGUGAACAGUUCGACGACGAAUGAUAUGAAUAAAAUCGAAUCGAAAAAUGCAUUUGAAUGUCCCGAAUGCCAUAAAGUAUUUGCUGAAAAAAAGAUAUUAAGACGUCAUCUUAAAAUUCAUAGCCCAAUUAAGCCACACAAAUGCACCGAAUGUAAUAUGUCCUUCGCUGAAUCAUCGAAUCUCUCAAAACACAUGAAAAAACACACCGGAGAAUUGAGAGCAGUAGUUGGCAAACCAAAUUUAUGCUCCGUUUGUGGUAAAGGUUUUAAAUGGGCAAGUUCAUUGUCAAAACACAUGAAACAUCAUACUCGGCAUAAAAUUCUAAAUUGUCCGUACUGCCCGAAAUAUUAUGUCGAAGCGAGAUCAUUGAAUAUUCAUAUGCGAACGCACACAGGUGAAAAACCGUUUCAAUGUGAAAUUUGUAAAAAGGGUUUCACUCAAAUGGGAAAUUUAGAGAAACACAUUCGAGUGCAUACGGGUGAAAAACCCUUCACUUGUCCGAUUUGUUCAAAAGGUUUCUCACAAAGUGGCUACGUUGCAAUUCAUCUGAGAACUCAUACAGGGGAAAAGCCAUAUUUAUGCGAUUUUGUUAAUUGUGGACGGGCGUUUGCGGGAUCAAAUACACUUGCAAUUCAUAAACGAACACAUACUGGUGAGCGUCCAUUUCAGUGUAGCAUGUGUGAGAAAACAUUUGCUCGCCAAGAAACGGCAAACAUUCAUCGACGUACGCACACAGGGGAAAAACCAUUUGAGUGCAAAAUAUGUUCGCGAGGAUUUACAAGUUCUGGACAUUUAACAGGCCACAUGCGUUCCCACACUGGUACAAAGACACACGAGUGUAAAGUGUGUUUGAAACGAUUCGCCGGAAGCAGUAGUCUGAAGGUCCACAUGAAAUCUCACGCUGAAAAAGCUGCCCAGCAACAACAACAACAGCAGCAGCAAGAACAAGAACAACAACAACAUAUUUACGAUGACAAGACGACAGUAUUUGAGUGCAAUAUGUGUAAAAUGAAUAUUCCAUCAUCGGCUCUCACCUCACCGGAAGAGUUGCAAGGCUACAAUCAUGAAUUUAUAGAUGAUGUAUUAAUUUGUUCAAAUGUUGCCUCAAUCAUCGAUAGUGGAAAGAUUAUCGAAGAAAUUCACGACGAAAACGGAACGAAUAUCAUUCUAACAACAGCGACAGACAUUCAAAAUGGACAACAAUUACUAAUCAAUCUCUCCGAUUUAAAGUAAUAAGAAAUGCGAUACAAUCAGGUCUUGGGAACUCAGUUACAUUUGAUUAAGAGAUAUAAGUUAUAAUUUUUCCAACGAAUUUUUUACUAGCCAAAUAGUGAUGAUAUAUAUGUAUAUAUUUACAUUAAAUAACAUUUAAACGAUGGCUUAAGGAUGAUUGAAGCUGCUUAAAAUUCGUUGACGAUUCAUUUCGUCACGGAGUUCGUCAGCCUUCUUUUUGAAUUGUUCGGAUUUUUCUAGAUUUUUCUCGGUGCCAUCUCCUCGUGCAUACAUAUUGCUAAGAUUUGCACAUGCAAAGAAAUUAUUCAACGAACACGCUUUUGUUGUCAAUUCAAAUGCUUUUUUCAUGUCUUUUUCAAGUACAAAUGCAUUUCUGGGCUUUUCAACUGCCGGCGAUUGUUCAUUAUUUUGAUUUGACUGUGAAUUGAUGGUAGAGCUGGCGCCCGACAUAUACAGUCCCGAUAGAUAAAAACAAGCAUUUCCAUUGUCCAUGUUACAGCUUUUGGUCAAAUAAUCCAUGCCCUGUGCAAGUGAUAAAAAUCAAUAAAAUUGUUUACGUUC